AGUGACGUCACAAUGAGUUUGGGGACGCGGUUUCAUUUUUAGUUCCCUGUGCAAAGAAGACGCGUGCGGACGUGAGGACUUUUUCUCUUCUUGGCUUCUUGUGUUGCUGCUCCAAAGGGUCUACUCUGCCUUCCGCCCGAAAGGGACAAGCGGUAAAAAAUGGAUGGAUGGAAUAUUUUUUUUAUGCCCACAUUUCUUCUCUUUCUCCUCCAUUCUCGCCAGCCAGCGCCUCAAAGUGACGUCACACGGGAUGGGGACACCGUUUCAUUUUUUGUGACUUUAGAACUUUUUGUGGUCUUGUGCUGCUGCUUCAAAGGGACGUGCCUUGGUGAGAAGACGCGAUGCAGACGUGUGCUCUGAUGAACGAGGUCUCGUGGCAGCCAUCCAACAGAAAUAGGACCCACGCGAGCAACAACAAUGGCUACCUUUACACCCAUCACUCUAUUGGUCUGUCGUCGCUUCCUAGUCAGGACGGCAGGGUCUACCACAAUGUGUCACAUGACCCCCAGUCUGGAAGCCAUGGACACCAGCUUGUCCCCCCUAGAGAGUUUCAGCACAGUAUGGGUCAGGACGGCAGGGUUUACCACAAUCUGUCAAAUAACCUCCAGUCUGGAAGCCUUGGACACCAGUUUGUCCCCCCGAGAGAGUUUCAGCAGAGUGUGGGUCAGAACUUGUCAGAGUGGAGCAGACGUGUCACUUCCUGUUCCCAGAGUGAUGCUGUGGCUCACUCGAGGCAGCCAACAAGGCUCCAUAGUGACUGUGUUGUCAGUGACGCCUCACAGCACAGGUUAGCUUUCUACCACAACAUGGCCACGCCCUCACAAUACCCUGAUAAUAGCAUUGCAAACCCUCCAUCAUCUGGGCAGAGCCUAUUGAACACCAACGCCCAUCAGAAAUCUGAACAAUGCUCACUUUCGACCCCUGUGGUAUCCAAGCAGGUGAUGCAUCCUGCAGCCCCAUGCCACAAUCUUAUCACCAGCGUGCACGGCAGGACGCCACAAGCAUGUCCUAGUUUGAGAAGACAUCAGAUUAACGUCUCUCAGCAGUCACCACCUCACCCCCCCCAACCUUUUCAGAACAACAUUCCAGAAACAAUACAGUUACAGACAAGUGAACUGGACUGGUCUCAGACCAAAAGACAUCAUCAGUAUCAAAUAGACCACAAGCUCCAAGCCCCUGAACCUCUCUCAUCCCAUUGCACUGAUACUGAACUCGCUCCUGAUACCGUGCAAACGGCCAUGCAGCUACUGUCUCAGAAAUAUCCGCUGAUCUUUAAGAUGCUCUCACCAACGACAAGAGUACCUGAAAAGAACCAGGACAGAAGUUCCUUACCAGUUUGUGAUCUGGCCACUAAAGGGUGCGCAAGUUCUGGUCAAGGUUCUACUGGGUUGUCCUUAGAGGUAUCUCGGCACCAGAAAGACUCGUGUUCAGGUGAUUCUUUAGGUCAGACCGAUAAGAAGGUUCCAGAGACCCAUCCAGAAAACACAGAGCAAAAGAAAAGGACACUCCAGAGUCUCGCAUCAAGUGCAUGGACUACAAGCAAAUUAGUGGCUCUAGUCCAGAAAUUCCAACAAGCUAAGAUUAUGUCUGACUCUUCUGCCUCAUUCGAUAUCAAUCAUUUAACCGACUUGUUCUGGAACAAAGAUGUACAAAUGCUGUGCCACCAGAUCAAGUCAUCCUGGUACACAGAUCUCAUGACUGACAUUUUAGCCUUCUUGACCCAACACUGGACCGCAGACUCCGCUGUUCUGACGCAAGCAAAAUGCAACCUGAAUGUUGAAGGGAUUCGCGUGCUGCAAGACGGCGAGGAGUAUGUGGAGCCGCAUUACGUUUCAUCAUGGAGAAAUGUCAACGAGCAACUGGACGACAUCGAUAAGGAGUUUGGCUGUGCCAUGACCUUUGAUAGCAGUCUUCCUGAACCACUUGUGCCAACAAGCGCCGCCCCAGAAACUGCAAACACUUCCAAAGUUGUGGAAGAACAGGAACAUGGAGAACAAGAAGACGCACAGGAAGUGAAACGGAUUGAAGAUGAAGAACAAAGGACCUCAUCUGUAACAGUUGCACAUGCUAAUGAAGAUGACAUCUACUCCUUUGCCAUCCAGGUUCUUCCACAGGAAGAGGCUAAAGCCAUCUAUGAAAACUCUAAGCUUGUAAGAAAUCCUCCUUCCAUGCAGAUUCUUCCCCCAAAAGAGACCAAAACCAUCUAUGAGAACUCCCAGCCGGCAGCAGAACAUCUUAUCAUUCAAGUUGCUACCCCAGAGGAGGCCAAAACCAUCUAUGAGAACUGCCAGCCUGUAAGAGACCAUCCUUUAAUCCAAGAUCCUCCCCAAGAGGAGGCUACACGCAUCUACAAGAACUCCCAGCCUGCAGUAGAACAUCCUGUCAUUCACGUUCUUCCCCCUGAAGAAGCCAAAACCAUAUACGAGAACUCUCAGCCUGUAAGAGACCAAUCUUUCAUCCAGGUUCUUCCCCAAGAGGAAGCCAAAACCAUCUACGAAAACUCCCAGCCUGCAGGAGACCAUUUUGUCAUCCAGGUUCUUCCCCAAGAGGAGGCCAAAAACAUCUACGAGAACUCCCAGCCUGCAGGACAAAGGUCGUAUAUCCACGUUCUUCCUGAAAAGGACAAAAUAAUCUAUGAGAACUCCCAGCCUGCAGGGCAAAAGUCUAUUAUCCAUGUUCGACCCCAAGAGGAGGCCAAAACCACCUACGAGAAGCCCCAGUCUGUAAGAGACCAACAUUUCAUCCAGAAUCUUCUUCAAGAGGAAGCCAAAACCAUCUACGAAAACUCCCAGCCUGCAGAAGACCAUUUUGUCAUCCAGGUUCUUUCCCAAGAGGAGGCCAAAAACAUCUAUGAAAACUCUCAGCCUACAGGACAAAAGUCGUUUAACCAUGUUCUUCCUGAAGAGGACAAAACAAUCUACGAGAACUCCGAGUCUGCAGGACAACCGUCUUCCAUCCAUGUUCCACCCCAGGAGGAGGCCAAAACCAUCUGCGAGAACUUCCAGCCUGCAGGACAAAAGUGUUUGAUCCAUGUUCUUCCUGAAGAGGACAAAACAAUCUACGAGAACUCUCAGUCUGCAGGACAACCAUCUUCCAUCCAUGUACCUCCCCAAGACGAGGCCCAAAGCAUCUACGUAAACUUCCAGCCUGUAAGAGACCAUCCUGUCAUUCAGGUGGUUCCCCAAGAGGAGACCAAAACCAGCUAUGAGAACUCCCAGUCUGUAAAAGGCCAUCUUUUCAAUAAUGUUCUUCUUCAAGGGGAUAUGACGUGCAUCAACAAGUACUCCCUGCCUGUGGGAGAUCAUCCUCCAAAGGAGCUCCUGAAAGGUUCAAAAGUGGCCCAAGUAGAUUCCAGAGCAGACAAGGAUCUUCCAGCUGAGUCAGAGGUGGAGGUGUUCUUUGCUCAGUGGAAAGAAGACUUUUUGAGCAGCACACCAACCAGGGAGAGCAAAGAGGAUUUGAGCCGCACGGUGCUGGAAGACGAGGAGGCGGUGCUUGAUUGCGCCUCCUGCACAAAUGGAACAAAUCAAUCAAUUAAUCCAAAUCAUGCUAAAGAAUCUUCUCUAUUUCAAAAUGAUGAUCAAGAGACAGGAAAUGUCCCCAAGCGAAGAGCAGACAUAACAUCCAAUGCUUUUUGUCGGGAAGAAUUUUUGACAUUGAAGCGAUGUCAGUGGUGCACGGAGAAGAGGUCCAACAAGAGCGAGAUGGUGCUAUGCUUUGGUACCAAGCGGAAGAGAGCGAGACACUCUGCCAUCAACGUUCCUGUCCUUAAGAAGCUGAAAACCUGCAAGCGUCGUAGUGAUCUGCGUCCAGCCCGCAGGAAAGAUUCAGCCAAAAGCGUCCAACCUGUCGAGCUGGUUUUAUUUGGUACUGCUGGACGGAGGCCAAACUGGACCAGGCCUAUGUCUGCUCCAGAGGUGCUCAGUGUGAGUCGCAGAGGUAUAAGUGCGGUCAAACAACGCAUUUACCAAGAGUGGAGUUUACCGCCAACCAGAAUCGGGAGCAGAAGCAAACUGGGAAACCAGAAGAGACCUUUCACGGAGAGACGGAAAAGCGAGGACAGUCGGGACAAGGAGAAACUUUUGCCGGAAAUUAUGUUCAGGAAAGACAACAACAACCUGAGCCGGAAAAAGUGGAGGCCCCGCUCAGACGGCCAGGGCAUCAGAGAGAAGGACUGGUGGAGGCGGUCCAAAGACGGACAGGUCAGGAAGUCUACUGAGGGUCAUUCCAACAGGUUCUGGAAUGCUUCAAAACCAGCCAAUCCUUCUGGAAGAAAGUGACAUCACUGUUUAGCUUUGUGGUGUUCUGCCAUCCCCUGGUGGCUUGGAGACACUUUGCAAUAAGUGGACAAUGAAAAAAUACCUUUUUUAAAGUGGUUCAGUCAAAACUUUGGAAGCUAAAAUAAAGUUAUAUUGCCAAAUAGUAACUAACACAUGCUAAAGGCUAUGUUGUCAAAUGCUAGUCGCGAGCCUUGACGUGCUAAUGGCAAUCUUGUCUCUCACCAAAUCCUUGUAGUUUUCUGAGCUCCACACAAGGAUCUGAGAUCGAGGGCAAUGCAAACUCCUUCAAGAUAGCAUAAAAUCAUGAACCAAUCAGGAUCGUCGGGCGGGAUUUCAUAGAUGUGACGUAGCGCCGAAGCAACUGUUUGAUUCAAACAACAAUGGCGGCACACAGCGAGGAGUCGUGUGCUGACAUUGAUUCCGCUAUUGCAACUGUUUUGUUAAAUCUAUCGAAUGUUAAUUAUUUAAAAGACGAACAGAGAACGGUUUUGAAGGCAUUGAUUAACUUUUUGCUCUGUCGUUAUCCAAUAUGUCGGCUGUUCUGUUUCGGAUUCCCCGGCGUCGCUCUCAUCAGUUUUUUUACAAGGCGCCGCAUUCUCAAAUCCAUAUCCUAAUCAGAAGUCUCAGAUCCUUGUGUGGAGCUCGGCGAACUACAAGAACCUGGCGAGAGUCAGGUUAAAUGGCCAGACUUCACAUGCCAAUGUCUAUGUUGUCAAAUGUUAGUGGUUAGCCUUGACGUGCUAAUGGGUAUCUUACCAAAUGCUAAGGACCAGUUUUCACAUGCGAAUGUCUACGUUGUUAAAGGCCUACUGAAACCCACUACUACCGACCACGCAGUUUGAUAGUUUAUAUAUCAAUGAUGAAAUAUUAACAUUGCAACACAUGCCAAUACGGCCUUUUUAGUUUACUAAAUUACAAUUUUUAAAUUCUCGUGGAGUUUCCUGUUAAAAACGUUGCGGAAUGAUGACACGUGUUUGUGACGUUAUUGAUUGGAGGGGACAUAUUAGCCCAGCACCACUUGCAGCUAAAAGUCGUCUCUUUUUAUCGCGCAAUUAGACAGUAUUUUGGACAUCUUUGUUGCUGAAUCUUUUGCCUUUUGUUCAUUUAAUAAUGGAGAAGUCAAAGUAGAAAGAUGGAGGUGGGAAGAUUUAGCCUUUAGCCACACAAACACACGGUGUUUCCUUGUUUAAAAUUCCCGGAGGUGAAGCUUUACUAUGGAUCAGAGCGGUCAAACGAACAUGGAUCCCGACCACUUGUCAACCGGCAGGUUUCGGUGAGAAAAUUGUGGUAAAAAGUCGCCUCUUACCGGAGAUCAGCGGAGCUUCUGUCCUGCUGCAGCUUCGUGACUUCUCUCAGAGACUGGCGUCAACACACCCGUGGACACACCCCUCCGACUAUCAAGUACUAUUUAAUCUCACUAAAACACUAGCAACAUAAUAGAAAGAUAAGGGAUUUCCCAGAAUUAUCCUAGUAAAUGUGUCUAAAAAUAUCUCAAUCGCUCCCAAUGCAUUCGCCUUUUUUUUGUACUUUUUUUUUUUUUUUCUAGUCCUUCACUCUAAAUUUCCUCGAGCACAAAUCUUUCAUCCUCGCUCAAAUUAAAGGGGAAAUUCUCGCUUUCUCGGUCGAAUAGCUCUUGCUGCUGGAUGCUCACAUCAUAAACAAUGUGAGGAUGUGAGGACCAAAAGCUGCGAACUUUAUCGUCAAUGUUCUCUACUAAAUCUUUUCAGCCAAAAAUGGCAAUAUCGCAAAAUGAUCAAGUAUGAUACAUAGAAUGGACCUGCUAUCCCCGUUUGAAUAAGAAAAUCUCAUUUCAGUAGGCCUUUAAAUGCUUGUUACUUGCCUUGAUGCGCUAUUAAUGUCUUUGUUGUCAAAUGCCUGUUGCUAGCCUAUAAUCUUCAUGUCCUUUUGUCUCCCAUGACUGGAUGUGUAUAUUCAUGUACAUAACAGGUUUAUUUUCAUCAUUGGCUGAAUAAAAGUAAUUUUAUACAUUUGU